UGUGGUCUCAUUUCGUGGAGGCUUCCCGGAGCCGCUAAAAGUUGUGGCUAUGAGAUUUCUUGUACGAAUUUUCCACGCAAGUCAUCCAUACUGACCAGUGACCAGAGGUGGCACGGACACCAACACCAAGACAGAGACUUUGGAUGUUUCUUCGUUACACACCAAUCUCAUUUAUCAUUCCACGCCCUCUUCACUUCCCAACCACCAAUUCACUCUUUUUCUUCUCGCCCUCUGCCGUGGGAGGAGUUUGUAACAUGGCUGCUCUACCAACGGCGGAGCUUAGUGACGCAAAUGCAACACAUGUAGCAAGUUGUGAUGUGAGGGUGUUGCAUCCAGUGUUCAAGGUUUACGGUGGGGCCACCGCGUUCUCCGGCCCCGUUGUCACCGUGAAGGUGUUUGAAGACAACGUGUUGGUGAGGGAGCUUCUUGAGACGAAAGGCGAAGGAAGAGUAUUGGUUGUUGAUGGAGGAGGAAGCUUGAGGUGUGCAUUGGUGGGAGGGAAUUUGGCACUGAUUGCACAUAACAUGGGUUGGGCUGGGAUUGUGGUGAAUGGCUGCAUCAGAGAUGUGGAUGAGAUCAAUGCAAGUGAUAUUGGCGUCAGAGCCUUGGCUUCUCAUCCACUCAGAUCCAACAAAAAGCGCACUGGUGAAAAGAAUGUCCCUGUUUAUGUUGGUGGAACAUUUAUUCGAGAAGGAGAAUGGUUGUAUGCUGAUAAUGAUGGCAUCCUCGUAUCAAAAUUUGAGUUGUCAAACUAAAAUAGUUUGCCUUCAGUUCAAUAUUAUUGCCAUUGGGAUGCCAUUUUAGAUUUUUAGGUCAGGCUCUUUCUGGUUGGUUUAGUUUGUGGGGAAGUGAAUAAAAUUUUAAGAAUUUCUUGUGUGCACAUUGCCUAACAUUUGUUUCUCUUAUUUUUGGGGGGGCAAGGGGGGUGGGGUGAAAUGUUGAGAAGUUUGUCUUCGAAGUAUACAAUAUUUCACUGGAUUGGGGCAGCUGUUAAAUCUGAAUUGGCAAAAGACGUGCCAUCACCUAAUGAAACAAAUUCAUUUCUGAA